AUGCCGACCCAUAGGCCGGUGUUCAUGCUAGCGCACCAGCAAACCAACCCACAUGCCAGCGGGCUAGCGUGCGAGCCGGCGGGCCAGCCGACACACGAGCCAACAUGCGCGCCAACCCGCAGGCCAACGUGCUCGUUAGCACGCCGGUUUAAGAAAGAUG